ACUGUGACCAAGGAGAAGUUCGUCACUUCUCACAAAAGGCAAGCUGGGAGUCAAUAAAGGAGGAGGACCGCCUUUCUUUUGCUUCCUUGUCUCUACUCGUGCACUCAGAGUCCAAAAAGCUGACUGAGCUUCUUGAGGAAGUGUGCUCCCUUAUCUUGAAGAGAUCAUUAGCCCAGACAGAAGAGUACCAAGAAUAUGGCCCUCUAAUGCCUUCCAGGGAGCACUUUUGGAGUCACCUUCAAUCUGGAAGUCCCAAUGUAGGGGCUGAUAACAGGGCUUGCUUGGUGUCUUCAGAGAAACCAAAGCUUGGGUGAAGUCUGGAGCAUCAUACAUGUGAAGGGGCCUUUUCUUGCUGAGUCUCUUAAGUCCAUAGUCAACAAGAUGGACUCUGAAGCCAGGGGUGUGCCAUUGAAAUGGCUGUGGUUCAUAUUUGCUGAGUUUUCUCUGCUGUCACUGGCAGAGAUGUAUGGAUUCCGUCACUGCACCCAGUAUGAGUUUGACAUUCACCAUGUGAUCUGUGUCCGGAAGAACAUCACCAACUUGAAGGAAAGCAUUCAUGAUCUCCCUGAAUACACCACUCACCUCAACCUUACACACAACAAAAUCCAAAUUGUGCCCUCUGAGAGUUUUGCUAAUUUGUCUAAUCUUGUAGAUCUUAGACUGGAAUGGAACUUUAUUUGGGACAUUGGUCCAGGGGCCUUCCAAGGGCUUAAAAACUUGACCCUUUUGAACCUGGUGGAAAAUAAGCUUAAGAAUAUCAACUCUUCUUUUGAGGGCCUGUCCAGUCUGAAAACUUUGCUGCUGAGCCACAAUCAAAUCACCUGGAUCCAUGAAAAUGCCUUUGUCCCACUUGUCAAUUUACAGUACUUAAGCUUGUCUCGAAACGCGAUAACCAAUUUUUCCAAUGUCCUGGCAGCUGUCCAGCAUCUGCCAAGCCUGGAGGUUCUUGAUCUCACCAGCAACACCAUUGCUUUCCUGAACUGUAGUCCAACAGCCCUGGUUUCCCUCACCAAGUUGAUCUUGAUGAGGAACAAGCUGGUAGACUUGGAUUUCUCCACUCUGUCACUUCCUAACCUAACCACCCUGGAUAUUUCCCAGAAUGCUAUCCAGAAUGUGCAUCUGGAGUCUCUACCCCAGGUGAGGAGUUUGAAUCUGAGUGGGACACGUAUGAAAGUGGAAAAGCUUCAGGCCGAAUAUCUGCAGAAUCUGAUCGAGCUGGACCUCAGUGAUAUUAAUCCAUUGCCUGGCACAAAGCAUGUGAACCUGAGCACAGUAUGUCACCUCCUUCAAAACUUGCCCAGGAUAAAAACUUUAUUUUUUAAGAAAAAUGGAAUCGACUCAGAGGACAUCAAACACCUCACCAACUGUGCUAUGCUUUUGUCUCUUGACCUAAGCCACAACAAAGGUUUGGUCCAUCUCUGUAACGGUGAGUUCAAUGGCAUGCCCAGCCUUGAAUGGCUGGAUCUGAACAGUUGCAUGCUAUCCCUGAUCUGCAACAGGACUUGGAAUUCUCUCCAGAAUUUGACAGUUUUAGACCUGAGUAGAAAUAGGCUUGAAACCUUUCCGGAGUUUGCAUUUGCUCCCCUUGAACGUCUUCAGUCCCUCUCUCUUUCCAGAAACCCCAUCACUGAGCUCAACAGCCUGUCCUUCUAUAAACUACAUGCAUUAAAAGAGCUCAAUUUGGCUGGGUGCUGGAUAGUGGCAAUCGAUAAAUACUCUUUUGGUCAAUUGUUGAGUCUUGAGAACCUAAACCUUCGGGAGAACAAUAUCCGAACUCUGAAAGGGAACACUUUCUCACUUCUGAAGAAGCUUCAGGUUCUGACCCUUUCCCAGAACCGUCUGACUACUAUAGAGGAAAAGGCCUUUUCUGGCCUCACAAAACUAUACAAACUUGAUCUGGCAUACAACAUCCUGUCUGGUUUUCAUCCUGGUAUGUUCCUGGGACUGGAAGGACUACAGCUUUUAGACCUCAGUUUUAAUAAAAUAACUUAUGAAACUCCUAAGAGUCUCCAGCCUCCUCCUUUUAAGGAUCUCCAGUCCCUCAAAUACCUCAACCUAGAAGGACAAAUAAAUGGGAUUCAGGUUAUCCCAAUCAACUUCUUCCAAGGACUGGGUAGUUUGCAGGAACUACUACUGGGAAAGAAUUCCAAGGUAUUUCUAGACCACCUCCAGUUAGACCAGCUGCCUAAUCUCACCAGGUUGGAUAUCUCAGGGACAAAAGCUGGAGAUCGGGGUCUCUAUUUAAAUACCUCCUUAUUCCAAAAGCUCAAACAACUGAAAAUAUUACGACUGGAGAACAACAACUUGGAAUCAUUAGUUCCUGAGAUGUUUUUUGGUUUGGAACACCUCCAGGUCUUUUCUUUGAGGUUCAACAACCUGAAAAUCAUUCAUCAAAGCCUCUUGCAGAACCUGAAGUCCCUGAUGUACUUUGAUGUUUAUGGGAAUAAGCUUGAGUGCACCUGUGAUAAUGAGUGGUUCAAGAACUGGUCCAUCAGUACACCUAGUGUCCAUAUCCCCUACCUAGGGAGCUUCCAUUGUCAGCAGCCAAAUACACAGAGCCUACUGGUGGCUAUUGAUACUGCCAUAUGCAAUUUUGACACAGGUAAAAUCUUCUUCUUCAGCUCCUUCAGCGUGGUACUUGCAACUAUGGUCUUCUCUUGGUUUGGUACCAAGAUGAUCUCAUCUAUGCGAUAUGGGAUCUAUAUGUUUAAGUCCCUGUACCUGGCCAAGUGGCAUCGGACAAAAAGGGAGUUCAUCUAUGAUGCCUUUGUCUCCUUCAGUGCUGCUGAUGAGCAGUGGGUGUAUAAGGAGCUCAUGCCUGCCCUAGAAAGGGGUGGCCGGCCUACUUUUAAGCUCUGCCUGCACCAUCGGGACUUUGAACCAGGAGUGGACAUUUUUGAGAAUAUUCAGAAUGCCAUUAACACCAGUCGGAAGACUCUCUGUAUAGUCAGCAACAACUAUCUCCAGAGUGAGUGGUGCCGGCUGGAAGUGCAGCUGGCCAGUCUCAGGAUGUUCUAUGACUACCAGGAUGUGGUCAUCUUGAUUUUCCUGGAGGAGAUCCCCAACUACCGACUGUCCAGCUACCACCGACUCCGGAAACUCGUGAAAAAGCAAACAUUUAUCACCUGGCCUGAGAAUUCCCAGGAGAGGCCCCUGUUCUGGGCCCGCAUUAGAAAUGCGCUAGGCAACAGGAACAUUAGGGAGGAGAAUGCCGAGCUGAUUUUGACUGAACCACUGGGAGACUGAAACUCUUGGGCAAGACACUGUUCGAUACCAGCAUGAGACCUCCUGAUCAGCUACUGAUCCUUUGGCUCCAGAUAACACAACAAUGAGUAUUUGGUGGGCAGCUAGGUGGCAGAGUGGAUAGAGUGCUACACUUGGAAUCAGAAAGACCUGGCUUUAAAUGGUACCU